CUGGUUCCGCCCCUUUCCGGAUGGCUCUAGGCGCGGGGUUACUUUAUUUCCUUCAAAACCUUUUCUGUUACAUCAGUGGGCCUUGCUCCGGUCCCCACCGGAGAAGCCCCACUCUGCCGGGACUCAGCUUUGGCCACUCUGGGGCCCACUCAAGCGAGUCCUGCCCCUUCUGCUCUCCUGGAGGGAUCCCCGAGACUGCUCCCUUCCAUAUUCUACUAGUCCUUCUCGGCCCCUGGCUCUCCCCCCCCACCUCCACUCUGAUCCCUCUCGGGCUCCUCCCUGAAGUCAAGCCUUCUGGGGGAGCCCCACCACUGAACACCCCCUUUCCCACUCUCCAACCCCUCCCACCCCAACCCUGGACUUUCCCGGGACCGCUCUGACUCCUCCCUGGAAGCCCCUCCCCUUCCCCGAGGGACAGCCCCGGUUCGGUAGCCGCGGUCCCACAUUUAUCCUAGCCCCUCCCUCGGACAGCCCCUGGGCUUGUGACCGAGUUCGCACCGCCUCUACUAGUCGCAGCAGGCCGAGAAUGACUGAGGGGCUGCCUACGGUUUGCGGCCUGCCAGAGGGAGGGGGAAAAGAAGGAAGGGGGCGGGGCUGAGGGGGGCGGGCCUGGACCUGGGGAGUGAAAGCGAAAGGCCAGGCGGCGAGCUGGGAGAGCGGAGAUCUUGGAACUGAACAGCAUGGCCAAGCCUUGUGGGGUACGCCUGAGCGGGGAAGCCCUCAAACAGGUGGAUGUCUUCAGGCAAAAUCUUUUCCAGGAGCUUGGGCAAGUCCCUUCACUUCUCCUGGCUUCAGUUUCCUUAUUUGCAGAGGAGUUCCUCUACAGUUUCUUGCCACAGAAAAUCAUACACCUGAAUCAGCUCUUGCAAGUGAACUCCCUCAAUGUGGCUGACCUGACCUCUCUCCGGGCCCCACUGGACAUCCCCAUCCCAGACCCCCCACCCAAGGAUGAUGAGAUGGAAACAGAUAAGCAGGAAAAGAAAGAAGUUCCCAAGUGUGGCUUUCUCCCUGGAAAUGAGAAGGUUCUCGCCCUUCUUGCCCUGGUUAAGCCAGAAGUCUGGACUCUCAAAGAAAAAUGCAUUCUGGUGAUCACAUGGAUCCAGCACCUGAUCCCCAAGAUUGAGGAUGGAAAUGACUUUGGGGUAGCUAUCCAGGAGAAGGUGUUGGAGAGGGUAAAUGCAGUCAAGACAAAAGUAGAAGCCUUCCAGACAACCAUUUCCAAGUACUUCUCAGAACGUGGGGAUGCUGUGGCCAAGGCCUCUAAGGAGACUCAUGUAAUGGAUUACCGGGCCCUGGUGCAUGAGCGAGACGAGGCAGCCUAUGGGGAGCUCAGGGCCAUGGUGCUGGACCUGAGGGCCUUCUAUGCUGAGCUUUAUCAUAUCAUCAGCAGCAACCUAGAGAAAAUUAUCAACCCAAAGGGUGAAGAGAAGCCAUCUAUGUACUAGUCCAGGGCCAAAAUAAUAAUAAUAAUGAUAAUGAUAAUAAUAAUAAAUGACCUAUUCUUUGUGUGAA